UGUACAUUUAAACAUGCAAUAAUCGUGACGUUGUAGAGCUUGUCUUUUGUCACCUUUUGUGUUGUGUUGAAGUUCGGUCUUAUCACGUCGUAUCAUUUUAUAUCUCUAUUUUAUAUUACUAAUACAUUUAACAAUUGUUGAUAUCCAAAAAUCUUGUUAGUCUUGUGAAGAGCCCAGACGGUGUAAUUUCUCUUUUUCAAAUAUUAUAAUUUAUUCCAUAGUACAUACUCUCACACCACUUUAAUAGGAAUUAAGUUUGAGCUUUGAGUCUGGGAUUAAAAACGCGGAUCAUGUUGAAGUGCGCUCAUUGCGAUAAGAAGUUCAAGUACGAAAGUGAGCGGAAGAGACAUCAGGAAAGUCAUUUCCCUAAAUUUAGUUGUACAGUGUGUGAAAAAAAAUUUAGUUUUCUGUCAGCAUUGCGAAGGCAUCAAAAGCAACAUGAGAGGAAGGGGUCUGUGCGGUGCAAUGAUUGUGGAGGCAGCUUUCGCGAUGAAGCAUUACUUAAGAGACACAUGAAAUAUGCACAUAAAGGAAGCUAUGGCUGCCCCUCCUGUGCGGCUACAUUCAGCAGCGAGCAGGCACUGCGCACACACUCCAAGACGCACCAGCCAGAGUCAGAGCGCCGGUUUCGCUGCAUGUUUGCGGGCUGCAAGAAGAAGUUCAACUUCCCUCACCACCUGAAGCAUCAUGAGCUCACACACACUAAUGCUAAGCAGCAUUUUUGUAAUGUUUGUGAGAAAGGUUUCAUUCAGUCUCAUCAUUUGAAAACACAUAUCAAAACCCACCACCCGGAAAAUUGGCUUCAAUGUUUAAUACCUGAUUGCAAAAGUAGAUUUACUACGAAACAUGCACUGAAGAAGCAUAUGUCUACACACAAUAGAUAUGUUGAUGUCAACUGCACAGAUACCAAAUUAGAUAGUGGCAUCUCAUCCGAUUCGAGUGUAACAAAUGAUGCGCACGGCAAAAAUUAUACAGAUGAUGUUACAUGCGUAACCUGCGGGAAAAUGAUUUCACGGCUUUAUUACUUACACCACACUCUGAAUUGUACUGCAGCCCCUCAAGAACUUACUAGACGUAACGAUUUCGAGGAUGUAUUUAUUCACCAUAGAGAUCCGCAACCCAACUCCCCGGAUAGUACUUAUAAUCAGGUAACUUCAGGUACUUAUGCGUAUAUUGCAAAGGAAGGAAUAAAUGAAACACUUAAUAAUAAUAGUGCUACGGGGCUUGCUAUUAAUUUUGUACCAAAUGAUAUCGACAAAACAAAGACGGGAUGUUCGGGAUGUGGGUGCGUCGAUGGUCCAGCGGCGCCUCUCCGCACUGCUGACAAGACUACACUCAAGUUACAUACUUCUAAGCUUAGCAAUAUGCCAGAAUUAGAAUAUAGAAGAGAUGGAAUUAUCAAAAUCAAGGAGACAUUUGAUGCAGAUAUCAUAAUGGUAAACAAAGUGCCGACAAUAAAGGAAUUUAACGAGAAAAUAGAACCCAUUGAUUUGAGAGAUGUGCCUUACAAUAGCUGUAAAGCUGUAUUAGGAAAUUGCAUAGUCAGCGAUGACGGGAGCGUCGGAGAGGGGUGUCUUUGUGCAAAAAUGCUCGUCGACGAGCAGGUCAGCUCCCAGGAAAUAGAAGAGUUGACUCCUAAUCCCCGUGCGAUAUGGGUUUGAGCAAAUUAUUUAUGUCACUUGUACAUCUUAGAUUAAUGAACAGUUGCCUGUAAACAUAUCUUCUGUGAUACCUACCAAAUGUGGCCUAGUACCUAAGUGAAUUAAAAAUACAAAUGUAUGUUUUUAAUAAUGACGUGUAUUUUUUU